AAACUUUUUCUUCCUUUAUACAUUUCUUUCUUCAUCGUCUUCCUCAUAUAGAUGGAUGGAUAGAUGGGUGAUUUAAUCUUUGUUGUGGUGAUGUAAAUGAAUGAAAAUUCGGCUACGAUGAUGGAACGCGCAGAGAAAUAGACGUUUCCUCAGACGCCCAUUUCAUUCCUUUUCUUUUUAAUUGUUUUUCUUUUCUUUUUUUUUUUCUCCUUCUGUCAUGAGUGGUAGCAAUCUCUAGUGACUGACACACAGCAGCCUCUCAGCCAUAUUCUCUCUUCGUCUCGUCUGACAGAGGAUUAGAGAGAGAGAGAGGGGGUAUUUCAAUUCUCUCAUUCAUUCGAUUUGGUUUGGUUUCAAUUCGUUUGCUUCCCUGCAGCAUUAACGCAAAACAAUCCGACAACAUCCACUAAUAAUGAGAAAGAGUCAAAUCACGAAAAUCAAUCAGGUUUCUUGAUGCCUGCGCUUGCUGCUCUGUGAUCAAUCAGAAAAGGACAACAUGGUACCGUCUUUAAAGGGGAAAAAAAAUUAUAGAUUUUAAGUAGGGAGAGCUUUUGCGGGAGCGAGUCCUACAGUGCACAAUUCUAGUCUGACAGAUAGCAAAAGCACCCAACAACAUCAUGCGCAAGGAUCUGUUUUGUUGUUCCAACUAGAGGGAGAAGAGCCAGCCUUUUUGCUUUUAAUAUACCCUCUCUGGGCUUAAGCCAUAAAAAUAAAUUAUUUGUAUCUUGUUGGAUUUUUAUAUAUUAUCUCCUCUUUUCUUUCGGGCUUUCUUCUUCUCCUCCUCCUCUUGUGCUCCUCCUUCCUUUCUUCUUGUGCUGCUCUGCUCAGCGGAUGUUGGGAUUGUCGUCGUCAACUAGAAAGGAAGGCUGACAGUUUCAGCCGGCGUGUGCGCAAUAUAUAAAUAUUUUUAUAUUGUGUUCACAAUCCAUGUCUAAAUCUACAUUUUACAUCUACAUCGCAGCUGUCUCAAAUCACACUCACGCAGCCAGGAGGACUGAGACAAGCAUGAUUCAAGCCUAAGCGUACCCUCAAUUCGUGACUGAAAUCCCCAUGUUCUCCAUAUGACCGUCCGUAAGGGUUCCGACAGCCCUCUUAAGAAAGCAACUACUACUACUACUUUGCAUGGGUCAGGUUCAGUAAGGAUGUCGUCCAGUUUCAGAAGACGAGAGAUAGAGAGAGAUAGAGAGUUUGUGAGAAAGCUAUGGACUAGUUAGGACUUGAACCUAGGCGUGUGCGUUCACGACCCUCUUCAACUACAUGCCCGCCUUACAUUCGAGACUUGAUGGGCUGUGGAUUGAUGGCCUUGAUGUUCCAGCUUCGAUGGAGUGUAGAGUGACUGCUUUCUGUUUGAGAUUUGAUGGAGUGUGGCUUGACCCUCCAACGGGAAACAGGACAAACCCCAGUGUCGUCGGGGGUUCAAUUCCCAACAAUCCAUCAAGGCAUUGCCAUAUGAACAACAGGUUUGUCUGUGUUUCUGACUGUUCUUGGGUAUGGAAAACCGUGCAGGUUCAGCGUGCCAUUGGGGGAAACCUUGUGUUACGCAGCCCGCCUUGGGUUCAUGGUGAGCACUGAACAAUAUCAUUCUCCCCCAUGUUUCUGAUUAUAGCACAGGUUGCCGCCUAAGAAGUUGGUCAGAUUUUCAAACCCUCAAUUUUACCCAAGAUGGUGAUGUCGGAUUCCUCGAACGUCAACUGUAGCAGUUUCUGGAGAGCCCUUUUCUCAGAUUUAGGUUACACCCAAUUGAAACUAAGGAUUUUUAUGUUUUCGGGUGCACUGCUACGAGGGUUUGGAGAGAAGUACCUGAAGAGCAAGGGCCCUUACUGCUUGUAGAAAGUGGAACUGGGUAACAUAGUUUCCAGGCUACUGCAUAUUGAAAUACUAAUCUGGAAUAUGCCAUUUGAACAGGAAAUAUUAGGUCUUGAUUCUCUGACUUUGACUUGCCUAAAAAAAAACAAAGGAAAAACAAAGGAGUGGCAGAGUGAUGCACUGUUUCAAGCUUGAACGCCUCUGGUCAAUUCCUUGCAUAAGUCUGAAUUGAAAGUGGAUUCAUAUUGCCUGGGGAAUACAUCAUCAUAAACUAAGAAUUCUAGGAUCUGACUGACCCUCUUCUCAGUAACUGGUAUAUGAAUCAUAGUUUAAAUCCAGACAGUCAAAUAUGUUUAUCCUCCCAAAUGAAAUUGGAUAGACUAUCCAGUACAAAAUACCCAAGUUAGAAGUGAGUUCAUCCUGUAAAUGGCAUCCAUUUGAUACCUUCUAUCAUUACAAUUCAUCCCCAGCAGGAAAAAUAUUGGCUAUUUUUCUUAGCACUGCUUGUGCUACAGGAUUCCUGCUCUAUACCAAGCUUUCAUUCUAAAAAAAGUCAACUUGCAACUCUAACCAGCCUACUGACUGUACUGGCAAAGACAUGAAAUGGGAUUUCUGCAGUGACAUUCAUUGACCCUCUACCUGUGUGGGUUGGCCCAAGCAAAAAGUUUUCAACAGAUACAGCUUGGCUAAGAAGCUAAGUUCAAACAAUGGCAACCUAUUUUCCAGGCGCAAAUAUUCAAGCUGAUAAUAUGCAGACCCUUUACUUAAUGAACCCAGGUUAUGCAGGUUAUACAGAUGCAGCUACUCCUGGGAACAUGGUUCUUCUAAAUCACUCAGUAGGAAAUGCAUUGCAAACUAAUAAUCUGGCUGGUGGGCAACACUCUCAGCAUUUCAUUGGGAUCCCACUGCCCACUGCUCCACUUUCACAGCGUACUUCUGUGGGGAUGAUGGGGAAUUCUCCUACAGCUCCACAGGAUGUCAGCCCAAAUUUGUUUGCAUCACGAAUGGGAGGUCAUCCUUACAAUGUUUGGCAGAAUGGAGCAAAUGAGUUGACAUUUAUGCAGGCAGCAGAUGCAUCGGGUAGUAAUCAGUCACUAUCUGGACAAUUGAACAAUUCUGGAAGUCUGAGCCAUCAGUCAGUUGCGGAGAUUUCCCAGUUAGGGGUGAGGCGAGCACCUUCAUCUUCCAUCCAAGAACAGCAAACAGGAAUACUUCAAAGUGGACUAAGCUUACAGUUAGAGCAUUCACAUGGUUCCACUGGCCAUGGACAGGGACUUUCACUUAGCCUUUCACCUCAACAGCCAUCAACUGUGCAACUGUCCUCUUUUCAAAACCAUCCUACUGACUCAGACAUAAACUGCCCGGGCAGCCUUUCUGCAACUUCAGAAGAGAACAUGAGCAGGGGUGAUAGAAGCACAAACAAAUGGGCAGGAGGGAAUCUUGCUCCUUUUCGAGCAUCCUCAAGAGAUGGAAUGCUAGGAGCUGGGUUUUCCAGCCCCGGGUUUUCAAGCACUUUGCAUGGACCUGGACUUGGCAAACAGAUGCAACUGGAUUCCAGCACCGCUGGAGCUGCAGGACUUCCAAACAUUCUAAUAGGCUCAAAAUAUCUUAAAGCAGCACAGCAGUUACUGGAUGAAGUUGUCAAUGUUGGCAAGGGAAUUAAACCUGACUCGGCCAAACAUCAGAAGUCACAAUCAUGGAUUGGCACAAUGGCUAAUAAAGAGAAUAGUGGCAAUGAAGGUGGUGGAAAGGAUGGGGCAACUGCUGCAUCUACAUGGCCUUCAACUUCAGCCCAAGAGAAAAAUGAUCGUGGCCCUGAGCUAUCCCCAGCAGAAAGACAAGAGCUUCAAAUGAAAAAGGCAAAGCUGUUGGCCAUGUUGGAUGAGGUUGACCAGAGAUACAGACAAUACUAUCAUCAGAUGCAGAUUGUAGUUGCAUCAUUUGAAGCUGCAGCAGGGCACGGAGCUGCCAAGACAUACACAGCUCUUGCCCUGCAAACAAUAUCAAGACAUUUUCGGUGUUUAAGAGAUGCAAUCAGUGGACAAAUUCGGUCAACCAGCAAAAGUUUGGGAGAGGAAGACUCAACUGGAACUGGAAAAGGUGAAACAUCUCGUCUUCGAUUUGUAGACCAGCAGCUGCGACAGCAACGUGCCCUUCAACAAUUGGGAAUGAUUCAACAACAUGCCUGGAGGCCGCAGAGAGGGCUUCCAGAGCGAUCUGUUUCAGUGUUACGGGCUUGGUUAUUUGAACAUUUCCUUCAUCCGUAUCCAAAAGAUGCUGACAAAAUUAUGCUUGCAAGACAGACUGGUCUUACCAGAAGCCAGGUCUCAAAUUGGUUCAUAAAUGCACGUGUCCGCCUUUGGAAGCCUAUGGUAGAAGAAAUGUACAUGGAGGAAAUAAAAGAGUCAGAUCCAGAGCGUGGUUCAGAUGAAAAAAUGAGCAAGGAAAGUGGUGAAAAGAAAGAAGAAGCAGCAUCAAAGGCUGGAUCUGUUGGGAACAGUGGUAAUGGGAUUGAGCAGAAACUUGGAAAAUCCACAAAGCUUGAUAAUAAUACACUGGAUGCAGGCAAUGACCAAAAAACUCUUGGUGCUUUGAAAUCUGAUAACACCUCCAAUUUGAUGAAUGGCAGAAACCAAUCCUUUGGCAUUAGUGGAACAUCAGAUGGACAAGUGUUUCAUGAAGUUGAAAAUGAUAGUAUCAGGCAAGGGCAGCUUAAAAAGCCCAGGAAUGGAACUCAAGAGUCUGCAUCCCUUUUGUCCCCAAACAUGAGCAUUGAUGUUGAUUUGAAAUCAGAAGAUACAAACAGUGGAGAGUUCGGGGAUAAUAACAAAUUCAAUGAUGACAGGCAGAACACUGAAGAUUACAGCCUUGUUCAUAAUGCCAUGGUUCAUCCAGACAAUACUGGAAGCUUUGGGUCAUAUCAGCUUGCUGAUUUGAGCAGAUAUGGACAAGAGUCAUUCACUCCAAGAUUUUCUGGAAGUAGUGGUGUGUCACUCACUUUGGGGCUACAGCACACUGAUGGCCUAUCAUUAUCUGGAACACAGCAGAGUUACAUACCUAGCCAUGGUCUAGCACCAGGCAGAAGGCAUGAUCUUGGUAAUGAUUCUAGUGAUUAUUGCAACAUUGAAACUUCAACUGCUCAUCCUGGAAAUGCUUAUGAGAAUAUGCAGAACCGAAAGCGCUUUGCAGCUCAAUUAAUGCGCGACUAUGUUGCCUAGGCCAGAAUAGGUAUGCUGUAUACAAAACUAGUAUAGCUUGCUUAGCUUAACUAUUCUAUACACUCAUUUUCACUUCCCUUGUAUCCUUUAGGAAAGUUGUAACUUAUAUUUUAUUUACUUCUGCUGUUAGUGGUGUCAGAUUUCUGUAUAAGCCAUAAAUUGUAGGGAAACCAUAUUAUUUCGAGGCUUCUUUUUUUCUUCUUGACAUGGAGAGAAUAACUGGAGGCCUACUGUAUAAUGAAAGAAAGAGUACUGGUUGCUUGAGCAAUCUUUGCAAUUGAUAUAAAGAUGCCUUUCAUUAUGAAAUUUGUAAAUAAUCUCAUUUCCCAGGGAGCGCUCCUCUCAGAAUGAUACCUCAUGUAAAAAUAUUAAAAUAUGCAAAGUUGUAUUGCAUGUCUGCUGCUGUCAAAGAUUAACAUGUUAUGAAUAAAUAUUUUCUAUUUAGAAUUGUGCAA